AAAAUUUCUUAAUUGCAGAUGAUUACUGGCACAGCAGAAAACACAAUGAGUCAUUAAGAUGAGAGGGACAGUGUGGAUUGAGUGUCAUGCAUGCGUCUCAUGGGUGUGAUCACGUGCUCAGACCUCAUGAACCCCUCCGCCAAUGUUACCUAUACACACAAGAAGUUCAAAAGGGCCCCAAUCGAGGCCUGUGACACUGUGGAAAAGCAGCAACAGCCCCACCACGACGAGAAUGGAAGGAGCAGCAAGACGGCAUCCUCGACGGUACUUGUGAGAUCAAACAAAGCAUCAGUGUUAGGGGCUCCGUCGCCCAUUAAUGGUUUCCUCUCCACGCCGGUGGCGAAUAAUUUCUCCGGAAGUGGCGUUCAGUUCUCCUUGGAAUCUGACGACAGUAAAAAGAAAAAUGGAAAUAGUGGUGGCAAGUACAAAUGUGAGUAUUGUGGGGUGGGGUGUGCUAAACCCUCAGUGUUGGACAAACACAUCCGCACCCACACCAACGAGCGGCCGUAUAGCUGCGAACAAUGUAGCGUAGCCUUUAAAACCAAGAGUAACUAUUUGAAACAUACCAGAUCCCGAGCCCAUGCCCUUAGGUGUGAUGGCGGGGGUCAGGACGGCAGUGACGGGACGGUAGAAUCCAGCGACAAUCUUGACAUAGAGGGAGAUGAAGGCUCCCGCUGCCCCAGUCGAGAAACUGGGCAGCAGUGCCAACCUGCUGACCUUUCUGUGGGUCAUGUUUCCACCCUGGAGCAGCCAGCGAGCAUCACUGCUACCUCCUCGGCCGCCAGAAUAUAUCAAGAAGAUGGCAAAGAUCGAGGCAAUUUUAUAUACAAGCCCAAGUUCCGCGUUUGUGCUCAGUAUUCACCCCAGGAGGAGAGCGGGCCUAAGAGACAGUCUCCUCCAAUACAAAGACAGUUGUCAACCCCACCUCAGGAUGUCACUACAUUUGACAGUAAUGUCAUCAACACUCCGACAUAUCAAGUGCUUGCUGCCUCUACCCUCAGUCACCCUGGCCAGGGUGCUCACUCCAGUCCCAGGCCUCACUCCCCAAAUCCUUCCAGCGUUCCUAAGCAAUGCCUUCCUCCACUAGAUAUUCGGGCGGCCAACAGGAAGGAUGAUGGAGCGACAUCUGCUCAGCGGAACUCUGUGGUGGCCUCUCAGACUGUAAGUUCUCUGUGGAAAGGGAUGAAGUCUCCUAGUCCAGAUUUAGUCGGGCAACAUAUCACUAAAUUGAUUGUUGAAAAUCAAGCCAUCGUGGAGACCCACAACCCGCUGUGGUCUCGGCGUUACAGGCGCCAGAACAGCCUCGGCUCUUCAUCAAGCGAGAGCGACGGGUCCGGCAGCGGUAAAAGUCGAAGAUACAAUCUUGCAGAUUCAAAUUUAAAAAAUGUUAAAUCUGCUUCUGUAACCCUUCCUGCUUGUUCAGGGCCUGUGCAGCCAUACUCCCGUGAGAGAAGUCAUUCCCUCGCUGCUGAACCCAUCAUGGUUGAGGCACGGUCUUCGUACAGUCCCAGUCUUCCACCCACCCCACAUCUGCCUCUUGCUCAGCCGCCUCCAGUAGCCACCCCAAUCAGUGCUUCCAAACCUUCCAUAUCAUCACAAGGACCUACUACCUCUUAUUCUCAGUCUGCCCCAACCUUCACUGCCUCCCAUGUGACUAUGGUUGACUUCAACAUGUCUGAUGCAUCACGCAAGCGGUGCAUCUCUGAGGGCCCUUGUGUUGCUCGAGACUUAUCAAAGAGUCGAUUAAUGCCUCUCGACGAUCCACCUCUUCUACAGCAGCAUCCACAAAACCCUGAGGGAUCAGUUAUCAAAAACCUUCUCUUAACUGCCCGUGCUGGCAUUGCAAAUGCUAUUGACCAAAACUUAGAGAGACAGGAACAUAGCAGGAGGUGCAGCCAGGCUGUUACACUGGGUGACAUUGGCUCUCUCACGUGUUUAAGAUGUAGAAUACCUUUUCGAAAUCCUGAGGACCUGGAAUACCAUCUUCGCCAUUACUGUGGACAGAGACCAAGCACUGGAAGCGAAAGAGGGACUCCAGACUCAAUCAAGAGUAGUGAUGGGGGACGUUGGUCGGGGGAGAAAGAAGCAGCUCUGGAUCUGCAGAAAAAAAACGAGUAUGUGGACCAACACGACCGUGAGCGUUCAUCAUCAAGAGGAUCAUCAGUUGGGGAAACGCCACAAAGACGAGGCUCGGAGGACGAUUUUAAAUACCACUCUGACCUCUCACCGAAGGUAUACAGGAGUAAAUCGGCUCCAGAGGGCGCUCCACCCCCUACUAAGAAAAGAAAAAUGUCUGAUAUUGAUUCUGUGGCACAGGAAAGAUCCAGGUAUUUCUCAUCAACAUUUUCUAAGGGACAAGGGGGGAAUAAAAAUGAGUCUUGUAUAAAAUUAAUGGAUGACAUAAAUAAACAAAAACUCAAUAACCAUCACCUCUUUGGUGGGGAAGUUCAAAUCUGCGACGGAAAUGAAUUCAAAACCAUGAGGAUAGAUCCCGGCCAACACCCGAGUCCAGCCAUUGAUAUCUGCAUCCCCCCACAGCAACUGGGUGGCAGUAUCCCCAAAGCAGAAGUAUCCGUUCCAACAUCAGUGGUGGUGACUAUUGCCAAGUCAGGUCUCAACUCCGGCGGAACGAUGGUUCAGGUAGAGAAUCAGACAAGCACAUCGUCUACCAAAACUAUUCCAACCUUAGUGAAUUCAUCAUUGAACCGUGAACAGUCUGUUCUUUCACAGAACAUGGCAAAGGCAGCUCAUCCUCCAGAUGUGUAUAAUACAGAUACCAGCCAGUUUGCAUAUUCACCAUCAUUUUUACAAUACGCUCCGCCUCUCCAGCUGCCCAACCUGGCCAUUCCUGGAAUUCCAACUCCCGAUUUGGGAGGCCUGUCCUUUUCUGGCUAUUCUCCUCGUGUCCCUGGCCAAGCAUUUCUUCAUAGUCAGGCAUCCCUCAUGCACGGGAUGCUGGGAAAUCACAAAUCGACUAGUGUGCGAUCCCCGGUAGCAUCUAGGGCUUCUCCACGAAGCUUUCCAGCAAGUGCAGCAGGUGGAAUGUUGAAUUCGGGAACUACGGGGGGAAUAUCAGGAGGUUCAUCAAGUUCUGGAGGUUCGGGAGGACUCUCUGGAGGUUCGUCAAGUUCUGGAGGUACUCGUGGAGGUGUGAGUGAUGCUACUGUAGAAGAUGCUGCUGGGGGAUCUCAAACCUUUUUAGUUAAAGAGAAGGAAAGAGAGCAGCAGAAGAGGCAGGGCAAGUUGCCGUCUGCUGGGUAUCCCUCCCUCAUACCCGUUGGGGAUGAGAAGGUCCCUUAUGUGCCAGGGAUCCCAGGACCCUAUUCCCAGGGCAGUGUGUUGCAUCCUCCAGCUCACACCGUGCAGAGAAGCCCAUUGAUAGCAGUCGCUCCUGUCUCGGCACCUGUGCCAUCAACUGCACCUGUCUCCUCUGUUCCAUCUCUUCCAGCUUUAAUAUGCCCAUCUAGGGAGAAGAACCUGACAGUACCUAAGUUAAAAGAGGUACCCAGAGACCUCACAAGCAGCCCAAUGAGGGAGUGUGGUCACUCGCUGUCUAGUAAUGUCAAGGUCUCUCAUCGUCUCUCUCCAAGAAUGUCAUCAGUUAUUGGGAAAGCUCCCGAAGUUCGAUCCAUUAACCCGGAGAUACGAAUUCAUCCGGUAAAGUCGGAUGCAGCGCCAGAGAUGAAGACUUCGGAAAGGCUUGUGACUCCUCACGAAGAGCAGAGUUACGACAAUGGCUCAAAAGACGACUCGUCUGACUCUGAAGAAUUCCUGCCGCCUCGGAAACGUCCAAACUUUUUGGCACUAAAACCUCAAGCGUAUAUGCCGAAAUCUUCUCUAGCAUUGAUUGGGACAACCCUAGUCAGUCCUGACACCCCACGACCUAAGAAAAGUUGUGUACAAAUGCUUCUGAAUGGAUCAGCCUAUACUUAUUUAGGACACAAAGUCUCUACAAAGUCAUAUUUUUGUUGCAUUUAUAGACAACAGCCAAUGUAUGUACCUCAGUCUACUGACCCUAAGCUGUCUAUGUACUCUAAUUGGCAGAUUAGAAAGCCAGCAGAUGACAAUCCUUUCAAAUUGACGCCAUAUCAGGGUAUGGGGCUCUACGAGUCGAGAAAAUACGACCCAGCUUAUACAAUUGCAAAGCCUAAAGAGUUAGACUUAAUUCAGACUCAUUCAUCGUACUGGACAUUUAAGCAAGAGAAAGAGAAAGAUAAAGAAGUGGAAGAAAUAAAAUCAAAGGAGAAAGAUGGGAAGGAUAUCAAAAGCGAAGAGUCCUGUAGUAAAGUGUGUGAGCAAAGCUGCAGCGAAGGCAGCAGUGCCUCGGUGAAGCGCGAGAGUGAUGAUGACAGCGUAGGCUCUCCUUGUAAGGUCACCGACGAGGCUGAGGGCUCAGAUAGCGGUUCGGCCAAGCGGAUCAAAAUUUUUGAAGGGGGCUUUAAGAGCAGUGAAGACUACACGUACGUCAGGGGUCGUGGCAGGGGCAGGUACGUGUGUGAGGCAUGUGGGAUUCGCUGCAAGAAACCCUCUAUGCUCAAAAAACACAUCCGUACACACACCGACCUGCGACCCUACGCUUGUGGUCACUGUUCUUUUAGCUUCAAGACGAAGGGGAACCUGACCAAACACCUGAGAUCGAAGGCGCACUACAAGCGGUGUGUGGAGAUGGGCAUUGUACCAGUGCCGACGGUGGUCGAUGAAAGUCACGUCAACGAGGAGGCUCUGGCGCUGCAGGGCAAGAUGGAACAAGAAGGGAAGCUUGAUAACCUCGAUGACGAUGACGAAGAUGAUGACGACGACGAUGAAGGCGACGAGGACGACGAAGACGAUGACGACGAAUCUAUGGGGGAUGGUCACUAUGAAGGUGCUCACGGCAUGAACAUCUACCAGAGAGAUGGCACUAGUAUUGAAGUGGAAGAUGUAGGUGAAGUCGUGAAGGAAGUGAAAGAUUGUCCCCGCAACUCCGCCACUCCUGCAGCAAGAUCUGGUGUCUUGGUGAUGCAACCGAGCAAUCGCAGCUCAUCUGAUGCGCUUGGGUUACCUGAGAGCGCCAAGGAAGCCAAGUUCCCGAAAGCUACUGCUGGCGUAGAGUCGCCGCGUGACUCACCUAUGGAUCUAAGUGUCAAGAGAAUUCCAGUCUUAAAUUUUUCCCCAUUGUUGGAUAAAACGUCUACAGCAAAGAAAGCACCCCUUCCCAGGAGACCCUGUUUCUUGCCAUUGAUGAGCAGGCCAAACAUCACAAGUCAGAGGUCUCCAGUUUGCAGUCUGGCAUCUCCUGGCCCUCCUACGCCCAUCAGAGAACAUGCCUCAGAAAUUCUAUCUCCAGUGACAGAAUCGUCGACUCUUCUCAAGACCAUAUACAACACCACAGAGCGGGCGUCACAUGCUUCUUUUGACAUGCAGAACAUUGUUCCAGAUCCGACUAAGGAGAAUGGCUGCAGCAGCUCGAUGUUGCAGGCUUACCUGAAGGAACGUGCCGUCUUAGACACGACCAUUAAGCGGCACCAGUAUAAGGAGUCAUCGUCCUCGGAUACUUCGCCAGAUUCCCCGCAUGGCGGUAUAAAAACCAUCACUGCCGUGUCAUCUAGUAACACUGCGACCAGCGUGUCAUCUUUGAGUACGGCAGCAGAGAAUGACGAGUCUGCCCGCAAGCCAGAAGGAACGAACGAUGGUGAGAAAUCCAGUAAGGAAGAGAAGGAUGAGGAUGGUAGUGGCAUAACAAGUGAAGAGAAGAGUCGCCAGUCUACGGCAUCGCCCUCGGUGAGUGGCACUGCUGCUGCCACCCUCCAGUCUAACACCUCCAGGAUGCCAACACCGCCGGCAAACCUCACCGUCAUGAACACUGGUGGCAUUGACACCAAGACUUCCUUUCUGGUGCCAAGUGGCGUUGUACCCUCCUCUCUCAACAGGCUGGGUAAUGAUGAUGGGAAGUGUAAGUGCAGUAUGUGCCACAAGGAGUUCAACAAACAGUCACAGCUCAGCAUGCACAUGAAUAUCCACUACAUGGAGAGGCCAUACCGGUGCGAGUCUUGCGCUCUUUCCUUCAGAACCAACGGCCAUCUUCAGAAACACAAACGUUCUGUCAGUCAUUUUAACAAGGUGAACAUGAUUAACACCUUCGGCACACCCAGCACGGAUAAUCCUCGACCUUUCAAGUGCCAUGACUGCAAGAUCGCCUUCAGGAUCCACGGUCACCUGGCCAAGCACCUACGCUCCAAAAUGCAUAUUAUGAAGCUGGAGUGCCUCAGGAAACUCCCCUUUGGAACCUAUGCUGAAAUUGAGCGCUCGGGUGCCAACCUUAAUGAGAUUGACACGACAGACUGUGACAACUCUCUGGAGAGCUUACAGGCCAUGGCGUCGCGCUUGUUCGAGAAGGACCCCAAUAAACUAGGUGCUUGGCACAACCACCAGGAGCGCCAACACCACCGUGUCCGCACUGUCAGCAACUCUUCCACCAAUUCUGAUGACUAUCCACUGCAGGACGACCAGGAUGAGGUGCUCGCUACUAAUGACGAUGACACUGAGGGAGAUGAGGAUGAGGAUGUACCUGUAGCUCGGGAUGCUGGUAGACUGGGGUUUUCCGGAGCGGCAGGUAGCAGCCACAGCGACCUGCACACAACGCUCGCUCACCCGGUGUCGUCUCCCAUUGAAAUUGGCUCGGGAGCGACUGCUGGCCUCCUGGCAUGUCACCUCUGUCAUGAGAAGUUCCUAGAGCUAGAGCACCUUAGUGGUCACCUCUACACCGUUCAUAAAGUCUCUCUCACUUACCGCAACAGCUAGCGCAGUCCAUGGUGCAGCCGUACACUUGUGGGAUGUGCGAAGCCAAGUUCAGCAGCCAUAGCCAACUGAUGAGCCAUAGUCAGUACCACCUUCCAGCCUCCAGCAUGAUGAGUCUCAAGUCAUCGUGAUUUGUGACUGGGGUCACCACCAUCUUCCAGCCUCCAGUAUGAUGACUAUCAAGUCAUCAUUAGUGACUGGAGAUAUAGUCUUGCUGGACUCUAUCUCUUGUCCCUGCACAAGAUUCAUCUCCCGAGGAUAAAUACAGGCGCAGAAUCAACCACACAAACAACAACACACAUUCGCCCAAAAAACGCCACACACGAGUGGGUCACAAAGCACUAAAUGGCACCAGAGAAGCGUGUGUCAAAACAGAUAAUUCCAAGAAGGCUUUAAACCUGUAAGGGUUGUGGAGUGCUCAUAAAUAACAAUAAAACAUUUUUCGACUGAUGACUUGUCGUGUGUGGCCCGGCUGGUGCUACUCUGUAUAUAAGGUUCACGGACAAUAUAUAAUUUAUUUUUAUUAUAUUUAUAGGAAGCUCUCAACCUGUAUGGGUCAUCUGGCAACUGGAAAAUAAAAGGCAAAUAUUAUUACAUUUGUGGGGAAGCACUAAACCUGUGGGGACCAUACAGUGCCUGAGGGGGGCAAUCAGGUUCGAUCUGAGGAAGGAGAGAAUAGCUCCAUCUCCUUGGAGAAAGAACUCUUCAGCAGAUUUGUUGAUGGCUGUGUCAUUCAAUCAACCCUUUGCAGUCUAGGGGGUCAUGAUCCAAAGAAUUGGAGCUAGAGUCUCCUGUGGUCGAACUCGUUUACCUCCCAUUCCCAUGGCGAAACAUGACCCAUUUGGGUUUGCAGCUUCCCUGUGAAGCAAAUAAUACAUUCUCAACCUUGAUCAGAAGGUUCGAAAAUAUCGAUCAAUUGUCAACUGAAUUUUAAAAUCCGAGUGAAAGACAUUUUUCAAGUGUCGGUAACAUACGCAAACCUGUGAAAAUAUAUACUGUAUAAUCUUUUUUUUUCACAGAUAUUGAGUCUGCAACUCAAAAACCUUGUGAUGGUGAUUGUUUACACGUGUAUAAAUGAUGUUGCCCCCCAGGGUGAAAUACAUUGCCCCAGGUUUCAAAAAUGUUGAAAUUCAAUACAUGUAGAACUUUGUACAUGUAUAUACAUGUGUAUAUAUAUAUAUAUAUAUACAACCCUUUUGAAAUGGUUGGAAAUUAUUUUUGUGGCUUAAUGGAGAGAUGUUUGUAUAUACCAAAUUGCCCCAUUUAAAAUGGGCUAAAGGCCAGAUAAGCAGUUAUGUUUAUAUGUUUUAUCGUGUAAAUGGGGAAAUUAUAAACCUAUGUAUGAGUUAUUUAUCUCCUGGGAAAUAGGAGGUAAUGAGGUGUGAUGGGAAGAUGAGUGGGGUGAAUGUGAGUCCUCGGAUCACGAACCUCAGAUGACGCGGUGUUCCUGCAGCAGGGUAUACGUGUAUUGACGUUCAUGUACGUCGGCCUGGCUGUGUGUGCUUCAGGGCCUUCCACAGCUAGGCAGACCUGUGCGUGUGAUAUUGUAUUUUGCGGCUACGAAGCCACAGAUCUUAAGCUCUGAAGAAGAGCUUUCAAAACUGAUAUUAUAGCCACUUGCGACAUGGGGUGACAGACACGUGCGUGUCAAUGUGGCAAGUUCAGUGAUGCUCAAGUGUGUUACACAUAUAUAAAGAGUUUACCUAUGCCUUAAGGCUUUAUACCUGGUGUAAAAAUAGACACGUUUAAGAAAAGGCUUUAACUGCGGUACGUCUUGCUCUGUGUGGAGCUUUAUUGAUGCAAGGGGCCUCUAUAAGGUGUCAACCUUAUAGAGGGUAUUGACACAUGAGCAAACACUUUGGAUGUUUUAUUAUGGAGUGCUCGAGGCUCCAAAACUAAGAUAUUUGUAAAAAUAAACUAUCCCAAGUGCUUGCUUGUGUAUGAUGUACUGUAUGAUGGACUUUAGAAAUAUCAGGUAAAAUCCACAGGGUCAGUCAAUUCAGAAAUGGUAUACAAAGUUUGUUGUUUCAGAAUUGUUUAUAUUUUAUAAUCAAUGCAAAGCAUUCUACAACUGUUGUCCAUAAUGGCCAUUAUAUGCUGAGAGGUGUAUGUCUCCCAAUGUUCAGUGAGAGGUGUAUGUCUCCCAGUGUUCAGUGAGAGGUGUAUGUCUCCCAAUGUUCAGUGAGAGGUGUAUGUCUCCCAGUGUUCAGUGAGAGGUGUAUGUCUCCCAGUGUUCAGUGAGAGGUGUAUGUCUCCCAGUGUUCAGUGAGAGGUGUAUGUCUCCCAAUGUUCAGUGAGAGGUGUAUGUCUCCCAGUGUUCAGUGAGAGGUGUAUGUCUCCCAGUGUUCAGUGAGAGGUGUAUGUCUCCCAUUGUUCAGUGAGAGGUGUAUGCCUCCCACUGUUCAGUGAGAGGUGUAUGUCUCCCAGUGUUCAGUGAGAGGUGUAUGUCUCCCAGUGUUCAGUGAGAGGUGUAUGUCUCCCAUUGUUCAGUGAGAGGUGUAUGUCUCCCAUUGUUCAGUGAGAGGUGUAUGUCUCCCAGUGUUCAGUGAGAGGUGUAUGUCUCCCAAUGUUCAGUGAGAGGUGUAUGUCUCCCAGUGUUCAGUGAGAGGUGUAUGUCUCCCAGUGUUCAGUGAGAGGUGUAUGUCUCCCAGUGUAUGUACAGUGAGACGUAUGCCUCCCAGUGUAUAUACAGUGAGGUGUAUGCUUCCCAGUGUAUAUACAGUGAGGUGUAUGCCUCCCAGUGUUUAUGCAGCAAGAAGUGUAUGCCUCCCAGUGUAUAUACAGUGAGGUGUAUGCCUCCCAGUGUUUAUACAGUAAGAAGUGUAUGCCUCCCAGUGUAUAUACAGUGAGGUGUAUGCCUCUCGGUGUAUAUACAGUAAGAAGUGUAUGCUUCCCAGUGUAUAUACAGUGACGUGUAUUCCUCCCAGUGUAUAUACAGUGAGGUGCAUGCUUCCUGGUGUAUUUAAGUUAAAGGAAUAUUCUUGAUCAUCGGUGAGCCAGCGACGCAUCCAUAAUGACCCUCGUGUAGUCAGUGUACUUUCAACCCCAUUAAUCAACCAGCCAUCUGCUCCUCCUCUUACUCCACUAAAUCAAAAGGUAACUACGAUAAUAGACUCUACACAGAGCGGAACAUUGCCGCAACCAAAAGUUAUUCUGUAAUACGUCUCUUUAUGUUACUAUUGAUGGCAGUUUGCCUUUUAGAUACGGUUUAUAACUGGUGUUGUGGGUUUUCAUUGUACUUCCAGUUUAUAGCUCCAGCAGCUACUGAUAAAUUUGUGAGGGGAUGAGAUAUUGUAUGUAUUUUUAUUGUAUAUGUUUGUAUUGAAGGAUUUGUAUAGAUA